AUAUAUUAAACAACGACACCACCAACACCACCAAGCACCACCCAAGCAGAGGGAAAGAGAAGGCGUGCUUUCUGAGUUCUUUACAUCUACUACCUUAUAAGUCGAUCCAUCUCUUCUUCUUCUUCUUCUUCUUCUUCUUUCCUAUCUUUGAUUCUCCAUUUAUAACUACUUGUCAACAAGAACAUAUCCGAGUUGAUUAGCUUGUCAAUCUAUCAAUCAUCAGUCAAUCAAUCGAAGCUAAUCAAUCAAGUGAUCCAAUCAAAUCAAGGAAUCAAACAUGUCCUCGUCCUCUGCUUUUUCACUGGACCACCUAUCUCCCUCCGAGCAGCUCUGCUACGUCCAUUGCAACUUUUGCGACACUGUCCUCGCGGUGAGCGUCCCGUGCAGCAGUUUGUUCAAGACGGUUACGGUUCGAUGUGGGCAUUGCACCAACCUCCUCUCUGUUAACAUGCGCGGGCUGCUUCUACCUGCAGCUAAUCAGCUUCACCUUGGCAAUACCUUCUUCUCUCCUUCCCGCAACUUUCUGGAAGAGAUCCCAAGCCCACAGCCCAACUUGUUGAUCGAUCAGCCUAACCCAACUGACUCAAUUGUUUCAGUCCGAGGAGGAAGCGAUGAGCUCCCCAGACCCCCUGUUGUUAACAGACCUCCGGAGAAGAGACAGAGAGUCCCGUCUGCGUACAACCGAUUCAUCAAGGACGAGAUCCAACGCAUCAAGGCAGGAAAUCCCGAUAUAACCCAUAGGGAGGCUUUCAGUGCCGCUGCAAAGAACUGGGCCCACUUCCCACACAUCCACUUUGGUCUCAUGCCUGAUCAAACCGUGAAGAAACCUAAUGUGCGCCAACAGGAAGGAGAAGACGUUCUUAUGAAAGAUGGUUUCUUCGCUUCCGCCAACGUGGGCGUGUCUCCUUACUAAAUAGUGAGCUGUUAGCUAGAUAGGGUCUCUCGUCAUUCUCUUCUUCUUUUUCUUCACUUCCUUUCUUUAGGGGAGAGACCAUUGGUCUUGGCUUCUCAUGUCAAAUGAUAGAGCAAGUCUUAUAUAUAUAUAUAUAUAUAUAUAUAUAUAUGAAGUUUAGGAUGUCAAGUCUACCAACUUUUAACUCCUCAUAACCCCAUCUAAAAAUCAAGGUCCUAGUGUACUGAUAGCUCUCUACGUGACUACGUGUAUUUUGGAAUUUCAAUACAACUUUUAAUUUGCUUGUAGAACAUUAAUUAUCCUUUGGUUUGGAGUUUAGACAUGCUCUUAGUACUGGUGUGUUUUAAUUUGUAUGUUAUAUAAUCAUAUUAUAUCGUCCCUUGUUAUUUUA